CCCGCCUGCCUAGUAGGCGCAGGCCGGCAGGGCGGAGGUUAGUCCUCCGCGCUGCGACCCCAGCGGAAAUAAGAUGAACGGGACACAGAACCGGUGUACCUUGGUGGACGUGCACCCGGAGGGGCAGGCCGCGGGCAGCGUGGACAUUCUCAGGCUGACUCUACAGAGAGAACUGACAGGAGAUGAACUUGAACACUUAGCCCAGAAGGCGGGCAAGAAGACCUAUGCCAUGGUGUCUGGCCGCUCGACCAGUCAUUCCCUGGCCUCAGAACUGGUGGAGUCCAAUGAUGGACAUGAGGAGAUCAUUAAGGUGUACCUGAAGGGGCGGUCUGGGGAUAAGAUGAUCCAUGAGAAGAAUAUCAAACAGCUGAAGAGUGAGGUGCAAUACAUCCAGGAGGCCCGGAACUGCCUGCAGAAGCUCCGGGAGGACUUAAGUAGCAAGCUUGACAGAGAUCCGGGAGAUUCUCUCCGUGGACAGGAGAUACAGGUGGUGUUAGAAAAGCCAAAUGGAUUAAAUCCAAGCUCCACAACCCAGUAUAGCAGCCCACCUGAGGUAGAUGCCUACAUAAGCGAAGAUGCUGAGAGCUUGAGGAAGACUGUGCGGGACCUGCUUGUCAAGCUGCGGGAGGCUGAGCGGCAGCACCAGUCAGACCGAGUGGCUUUUGAGGUCACACUCAGCCGGUACCAGAGAGAAGCAGAACAGAGUCAAGUGGCCCUUCAGAGAGCAGAGGACCGAGUGGAGCAGAAGGAGGCUGAUGUCGGAGAGCUCCAGAAGCGCCUGCUAGGCAUGCAAGCGGAGCAUCAGGCCUUAUUGGUGAAGGUCAGGGAGGGGGAAACAGCCCUGGAGGAACUUCGGAGCAAGAACACUGACUGUCAAACAGAGCGAGAAAAGGCUGCCAACCUGGAAAAGGAAGUGGCCGGGCUGCGGGAGAAGAUCCACCACUUGGAUGACAUGCUAAAGAGCCAGCAGCGGAAAGUGCGGCAAAUGAUAGAGCAGCUCCAGAAUUCAAAAACUGUGGUCCAGUCAAAGGACAGCACUAUCCAGGAGCUCAAGGAGAAAAUCGCCUAUCUGGAAGCAGAGAAUUUAGAGAUGCAUGACCGAAUGGAACACCUGAUAGAAAAGCAGAUCAGUCAUGGCCAUUUUAGCACCCAGACCUGGACCAAGACCGAAAACCUGGGCAGCGUGAGGAUAUCCAAGCCCCCCAGCCCUAAUAAGCCCAUGCCUCUUAUUCGAGUGGUGGAAACAUGAGCAGAAGAGCUGGACGCUACUGUUGCCGCUGCUUCUCGCCUGCGGAGAAGCCGCCACCCCUGUAGGCUGCUCACCCCGACUUUGACUUCCUGACUGAUCCCUGGCUACACUCAGGGCUGGGGGUCCAUGUGCCCCACUGUUUCCAAGCUCCCGUCCCCGGUGUGCUGGGCAGACAGAGGAUGUAUACCCCUUCUGGACACUGCAGCCCUUGGAGGACGUUCACCCACCAGCGAGAGCCAGGGCAGUAUCCUUAUUCCUGUAGUUACUAGUUUUCUCUGUAGUAGAGCCGCCCUUCUCUUGUAGGCUGGAGUUCAGCUGCCCCAGGAUCCAGGCCCUCACUGGGUCGGGAGAGGUGGCAAGAUUUCCCUCACCCAGAGAAGCUGGAGGCACCAAGGUCUGCAGUGAGGGGAGGGUGUCCGGGGAAGGGGGAAUGAAGUUCCUCCACAACACAGCUCAGUUCUUCGCCACUCAUUGUUUUUCCACUCACUCUGCCCUCAGCCCCUGCUGACCCAGGCCUCCUACAGACAGACCCAGGGCGACCUGUCAUGGCCUGGGGCAGAGUCAGUGAGCUGCAGCUUUGACUGGCCAGCCUUGUCUUCCUGGGAGAAGGAAAUGUACAUUCCGGGAGUAGCUUUUAGUGGAAAGGUUCUGUGGGACCACAGGGAGUAAUGUGUGACUUCUCUCUGCUGGGGAGACUCCCAGCAUCUUUUAGGGUUUUCCCCUAAGAUGCAGUGCAAGGUACACCUCAGUCUUUUUGACUCAAGAGCCUAAAAACUAUUUCACUGGGUUACAUUGAUCUCAGUGAAACUCUCAUUGUAUUUAUUUUGCUAAGUUAUUGGUGUUUUCCCUUACAUCUCACGAUUGAUUUAAUACUAGUUUUAUAGCCUUCUCUUGUGGUGUUUGGAUUUGCUCUGUGCUGGGAAAAAUGUGUUCCCACUGGACUUGUUGAUUUCAGAAGUAAAUCUUUCUCUCUUUUCCUUCUACCUGCUUCUUUCCCUUCCUCCUUCAAACCUGAUCUGAACCUCAGGGCGGCAAGCAUCUUUGUCCUGAGGCUUUGGGGUCUGAGUGUGUGUUGUUUGAGGGAAAGGGGUGAUCAGGACUCUUGGGGGAGGGAUUGAGUUCUUCCCCUCAGCCCUCUGCACCCUCUGCUCCACAAUCCAUCUGUUUCCCUGGCUCUGAAUGACCCUGACACUCAUCGUGUUUUCUUUAGGGCUCUUCCUGCAGCCUCAAGGAGGAGAUAUGCGUCAGAAUGUGGUACUACUGUAGGGCACAGAAACAUUCAAAGUCAACAUGGGUUAAGUCUUUAGGUCCUCUUUGGCUCAAAACCAGAAGCCCGAACACUGUGUUUCUGUGUGCUGGGAUUGGGUGGACAGGCUGGGGCUGUCCAGAGUGCCAUGUUGGUAUUCCUCAUUCACUUUCCUCAUUUGUAAAAUGAGGGGGUCCGGAUAAUUUCCAUGGGCCCUCCCAGUUCUGAUGUUUUUUCCUGUGGCAUAGUCUUUGUAUGGCAAACUUAAUAAAAUAUGUUAAAUGUG